CGCUGAAUGAAAUGAAGGUGGUUCGUGCAGGAAUGGCGGCGGUUAUCGCUGCGCUGCUGGUUGUCGUGACUGUGGUUGGUGUUGGUGACAGCGCCGUUGCAGCAGCAGCAGCAGGGGCAGCAGCAGCAGCAGCAGCAGCAGGGGCAGGAGCAGGAGGAGCAGAGGCAGCUCCCAACGCGAUCCCGGGCGAUCUGCCCAAGGAGAUUGCAGACCACAAGUUUGUGUUUGUCGUCGGCGCUCACCACAGCGGCACCACCUUGCUCGACUUGAUCAUCGGCGAGCACGAGGAUGCCACCGCGCUCAAAGGCACGGGCAAGGCCGCCAAUGAGGGCCAGCAUGUGCAAAAUGUGUACAAGCCCGCUCACGAUCUGGGCGGCGUAAUCUCAUAUGCCUUCAACGGAGAAGCGUACAUGGAUGAGACGGAUCCGCGGUUGACGGCAGACAACCGGCUCAGCCUGUACAACUCUUGGGCAAAGUACUGGAAUACAAGCAAGCCGUAUCUGGUCGAGAAGUCACCGCGCCACAUCACCAUGACCCGCUUCCUGCAGGAGAUGUUUACGCGGGAGCGGACGUACUUUGUGAUUAUCAUGCGGCACCCGUUUGGCGCGUUUGACUUUGUGUUCAGGCAGUACCCGACACAGAAGUCAUAUGGGUGCGGCUACUUGGAGCUGCGGCAGUGGCUCACCCUGCACGAGAACCUGAUGGACGACAUCAAGCACCUAGAGAACGUGGUCGUGGUGCAGUUUGAGCAGUUGCUGGGGCUUGGCCACGAGGCAACUCAGAACCUCGCCAAUGAAAUCUUUGAGUUUUUGCACCUCCCGCCCAACGUGCAGCUGGACAUCGACGGGGGCACCUCUGACGAAGCAAAAUACAUCCACUGGUACACGAGCUUGCGCAAGACGCACCCCAACUGGUUUGACAAGGAUGGCCGGUACAUCAAGGCGCCAAACGCGCGCGUGCCGCUGCCGGACUUCUACCGCCCCGAAAACUACAAGCCGAGUGACUACUCACCACCGCCACGCGGAGUGCGCCGCAGCACGCCUGGCACGCGUGGCAAAGGGGAGGAAGAGGCGGGGGAGCAGGCAAGCAAAGACAACAGCAGUGGCAACACCAAGCCCCGUGGUGAUGGCACGGCCGACGCUGGCGCUGGUGGAGAUGGCAGCGCAACAGCAGCGGCGGGCGUUGCCGACACGGCUGCGAUUGACGCCGUUGUUGAGCGCACGCAAGAGGAGCUGGAUCGCACAGCGGAUGGGGAGCAGAAGGCGGUUCUGCAGAAGCACCUGGAUGCACUGAAGGAGGCGCGGGACCUGCUGAUCAACAAGGCGCUGCAAGGCGACCGCACAGAUGACGAGGACGACGACGACGGCCUGGCGGAGGAGGCAGACGUGGAGGAAGUGGGCGAUGAUGGCGCGACCGCGAAGCGACGCAAGCUGCUCACGUACUACGGCAACAUGCGGUCGCAUGUCCAGGUGCACACGGGCUCUGUGUUUGACUGGGCGGAGAAGUGGGCGAACACGGACUGGAGCUCAAAACAGUGCUCGCGCUUGAUGAAGGACCUGGAGCCCAGGCUGGGCAAGUUUGGAUACACCCUCAAGAACCUCACCUACUACGAAGCACCCAAGGCGUUCAAAGAUUACCUCCUCCACCCCUUUUAGCUUGUGUGCUUGUGUGUGCUUGUGUG